AAGACUACAUGCAGCCCCAUAGGGCUGAGCGGCGCAUCGGAACGGCGAGAUCCAGCCUGCCGUCCAUCUGUGUGACUGGCCGCCAAGACUUGGGGAGACGUUGAGAGACGCCGCCAAGAUGUCGGGAGAUGACGAGCAGCAGGAACAGACCAUAGCGGAGGACUUGGUGGUGACUAAAUACAAGAUGGGGGGAGAUAUUGCGAACAGGGUCCUGAAGAUGGUUGUUGAUGCUGCCAAGGUGGAUGCCUCUGUUUUAGGGCUUUGUGAGAAAGGAGAUGCCAUGAUCAUGGAAGAGACUGGCAAGAUCUUUAAGAAGGAAAAGGAGAUGAAGAAAGGUAUUGCGUUCCCUACCAGUAUAUCAGUCAAUAACUGUGUCUGCCAUUUCUCUCCACUAAAAAGUGACCCAGAUUACACCUUGAAAGAAGGAGACCUUGUUAAAAUUGACCUGGGAGUUCAUGUUGAUGGCUUUAUUGCUAACGUUGCCCACAGUUUUGUUGUAGGUGCCUCUAAGGAAAACCCUGUGACGGGUCGUAAGGCUGAUGUCAUCAGAGCAGCACAUCUUUGUGGCGAGGCAGCUUUGCGAUUAGUCAAACCAGGGAACCAGAAUUCCCAAGUAACAGAGGCAUGGAAUAAGAUUGCCCAGUCCUUUAAGUGUACACCAGUUGAAGGUAUGCUGUCACAUCAGCUGAAACAACAUGUUAUUGAUGGUGAGAAGACCAUUAUUCAGAACCCAACAGACCAGCAAAGGAAGGACCACGAGAAGGCAGAGUUUGAAGUCCAUGAAGUUUAUGCUGUGGAUGUCCUGGUCAGCACAGGAGAGGGAAAGGCCAAAGAUGCAGGCCAGAGAACCACAAUCUACAAGAGAGACCCCGCAAAGCAGUAUGGUCUGAAAAUGAAAACAUCUCGUGCCUUUUUCAGUGAGGUUGAGCGGCGUUUUGCCACCAUGCCUUUCACGCUCAGGGCUUUUGAAGAUGAGAAGAAGGCUCGAAUGGGAGUGGUAGAGUGUGCCAAACAUGAACUGCUGCAGCCAUUCAAUGUGCUGUAUGAGAAGGAAGGAGAGUUUGUAGCCCAGUUCAAGUUCACAGUCCUCCUAAUGCCCAAUGGGCCCAUGCGCAUCACCAGUGGACCUUUUGAAUCUGAUCUGUAUAAAUCGGAACAUGAAGUCCAAGACUCUGAUCUUAAGGCACUUCUACAGAGCUCUGCCAGUAGAAAAACACAGAAGAAGAAGAAAAAGAAGGUAGCAUCCAAGAAUGCAGAAAAUGCCACCACUGGAGAGGCUGUUGAAGAGAAUGAGGCUGGUGACUGAGCAGUCACUUUCUUGGACACUGCACCUUGCCACCCUUUUUCUGUAGUGUCUGCUCCCUACCCUGACUUGAAACGAGAACAGGAACACACCUCAGACAAAAGCAGCCUUUUCCCACCUUUCUUUCUAGCCUUUCCUUUUUUUUCUUUUUUUUAAGAAAAGGGGAAAAGCUGUAUGUCUGAUUUGUGCAGUUUCACCAGCACAAGUCCUUGCUCGCCUCUCAGACUCCCUGCUGCCACAGGAUAACUUGUCAAAUUGUUGCCAACAGUGGUGCCCUCUGGCAAAAUUUGGUCAACUUUUCUAUAUAUAUAUGUAUUUUUUUUUUUUUUUUUUUUUAAUUAAUUGCAGACCCAGAAACAUAAUUGACUUACUAUCCACUAAUAUAGCUGGUCCUAAACUGGUAAGGGACCAGUUACACUUCCUUUGUUUAACCAGAUCAUAGCCAUGAAUUUGGGACCAUGCGAUGUAUGGCUAGUUCGUCCAUCCUUUAAGAGAGUUUAAAUCAGUUUAUCUUCCUGAUCAGUUUAUCCUUUUGAGUGAGUAUCUCACUAACCCCAGCUUGUAUAGUAAAAUAUCUAUAUGAAGAGCAUUGAUCACAUUGUUCUUUUAUCAGUUUUCCUCUGUAUGCAGAAACAUGUCUCACCAAGUAAUUUAGAUUAAUUAGAUCUUUAAAUCUUCUGACCAUCAAUAAUUGUUAUACUCCUUAGCUUUUGAGUUGCAAUUACAGACGUGGUUUUUGCAUUUCAUCUUUAGAACCAAGACGUACUUUUUGAGCUACAUGGCCUUUUUUUAAAAAAUAUACCAACAUCCAAUCAGCCAACCAGUUGAACCACAUUUUCUUAACUUGCUAUACAGAAUUUAUAUUUUUAAAGGGGAUUGUGGACUCGCAUGUUUUGUGAGUUUUAGUACUCUGUGCACCACUUUAUGGCUAUUUGGGAUUGGGAAAUGUUGGUAAAAAUGACAGCACAGAAUGCCGUCCACUGUUUCACUGUGGGUUUGGCUUUUGCUUUGAAGUAGUUAAAUUGCUUGUUGGACAAUUCUUAGCACUUGUGAAAUUUUAUAAUUCAUUUUUAAGUUAAAAUUAGUCACUUCUUACAAGUACCAAAAAUUUAUUAUGUAUAAUUAAAAGCUUGUGCUUGAAUUGAAUUUCCCAUAGAUCAUAUUCAGUUAAUGAAAUGAGGAGAUAUUUGUUUUAAUUUGAAGGUUAAGUUAUAUCUAGGGUUGUAGUGUUUUUUUUUUUUUUUUUUUUUUUUUUUUUGUGCCAUGGGAUUCUAAUAAAAUCUCUCCACCUAACCCUUCCUUUUCUGACAAAUGCAAUGGAUUCCUCUUAAACUGUCAUGAACAUGCAGGGUGUGACAGUGCAGAAAGUUGUGGGUGUGGAAUGGGUUAUAGUGCUUUGUAUUUCCACUGUAGCAAUCCAGUUUCUGACAAAUUGGGCUGGCAUGGGGUGCUUAUAGGUUGUCUGGGCCUUCCUUGAAAGGGCUUACGUGUAAAGAGACUUAGUUUCUUUUCUGAGGGGGAGGGCAUCUGGUCUGAGCCCCUGCCUGUGACUGCGUUUAUUAGGAGUGACACGGAACAACUGAUUUCGUUUUUGGGUCAUGGGGAUUAUAUAAAUAAAAAAAUAAGUGAUAA